GUUGCUGAGACCUUCGCAGCGAGGAGUUGCUGCUGCCUGAGCUCCGGCGAUCGCAGCUGAGCGGGGCUGACGCGCGUCCCAGUGCGGCGGGAGAGGGACGGGCCGCUGGCCCCCCGCCACCGGGGCUUGGAGUCGCCUACAGAGGAUCGGGCCCGAACUCCCCCCAACAAGUUUGCAAAGUGGAGCGGAGCCCGUGUGACCUUGCGCGGAGGGCAGCAGCAGCCGGAGCUGUGUGCGCGCGGGGAGGAGGCGCUGCUCCUGCGAGCUGGGUGAGGUGCUCGGCAAAGAGGAUUUGCUUUGCUGUUUCUGUCCCGGCUUAUGGGAGAGGAAAUUCAGCCAGGGAAGCCACCUUGCGAUGGUCCAGAGAGUCUAAUUCCUCUGCAACUUUGGUGAUGGAGCUGAAGGUCUGGGUUGAUGGUAUCCAGCGGGUUGUGUGUGGCGUCUCAGAUCAGACCACAUGCCAGGAGGUGGUCAUAGCAUUGGCACGGGCUAUUGGCCAGACAGGAAGGUACAUUCUCAUCCAGAAGCUGCGGGAGAAGGAGAGGCAGCUUCUACCGCACGAAUGCCCUCUGGAGUCACUGGCCAAGUGUGGACAGUAUGCCAACGACGUGCAGUUCAUAUUGCAGCGGACGGGCCCCAGCCUGGCCGAGCGCCCUUCCUCUGACAGUGCCCCCCAGGCUCCCGAGAGGACAUUCAUCCGGGCCAGCCUUCCCAUCAAACCCAGGCCGGUCAGCACAGAGGUGCCCAGGUCCCGGGAGCCUAAAAAGUCUAUGACCUUUAACUUGGGCCCUAUGGGCUCCAGCGAUCGGCUCGCCAAGAGCAAGCUGAGACUGCACAAGAGGGACAGUGUAGACUCAAAGGACAGCACCAGUCGCAGCCAUCCAUCCAAGGAGGAGCUGUUUAAGACUGUGCUGCACCAGCAGGAGCAGCUGCAUUCCUUGGAGGUGCACGGGGAUUCCCUGGAAACGGACCUCAGGCACUGGGAGCAGGACAGGGGCUCCAGCCAGGAAGAUGAGAUCCUUUAUCUGGAGCACCUGAUCAGGCGGAAUGAGAUGGAGCUGGGUGAAGAGGAGUUCUGGCAGAGCGAGCUCCACCUGGAGAAGGAGUGCGAGAGGGAGCGGCAGGAGAAGGUGAGGAGCCUGCGGGCCACCAUGGAGGAGUACACUCAGAAAAUCCACGAGCUGACCACCAAGACGGAGGUCCUGGAGAAGGAGAUCCAGUUAGAGAUCACAGAGAGGGCCAGGCGGGCGAAAGAGGCUCCUGCAGAUCUGGAGGACAUGGCUGCCAAAAUGAAAAGGGAUCUGGAAGCCAAGGCCAAGCAGAGCGCCCAGCUGGAGAGCAGCCUGGCGAGCGUGGGGAAGGCCUUGGAAGAAGCCGAAAGGAAUUUGCAGGCCCAGAAUCAAGAGCUGGAGGAGUUAAAUAAGGAGCUGAGGCAAUGUAAUUUGCAGCAGUUUAUUCAGCAGACGGGAGCCACAGUGACUGUUUUGCAGUCCAGACCUGAGGAUGAACCCCAGCUGGAUCAAACUAACCACGAACUGCCAGCCUGCCAGAGAAACGGAGGCCUUCUCCAUCCCAGCACAGACUCUCCUCCUCGACCAAGCGCCAAGCAGUUCCUCGGCCAUCCACGGAACCUUCAGAACCCACUGGUGUCCAGCCUGAACCCCGAGGUCGUAUCAACAAGGCAGAGCAUCUGGAGGUAGAAAGGCCCAGCCACUGGAGGAGUGAUUUGCCUUGCAAGUGUAACUGUAUAUAAGUAAAACCAUGUUCCAUAUAUAUAUAUAUUUUUUACUCCUUUGUAUCAUGAAUGGAUGUUGAUGGCCAUACGAAGUGUUUUUACAGACUGAUGUGUUUUAAAUAACAACACAACAAAAACAAUUCCACCCCAUUUGGAUGAAAAAGACCUGUUGUGGUUUUUUUAAAUGCUUUAUCUAUUUUAAAAAAAAUGAAGAUGCUAAUAUUUCUGGGAAUCCAUAUAGCCCUCAUAAGAUGCAUCAAACGACGAAAGACCUUGUCGAUAAAGCAAAGGACUGCCUUUGAGGGGUACAAGACUUGUCUGGGCUAAACAAACGCUAAGCAAAUAGUGGGUCUUCUGUGCCAUGCUCUGAUGUUCACUUCUCAGGGGAUACUAUGUGCUACUGCUGUACAAUGAAGGAGGCAUGGAAGCCAGGAUUGUGUCCCAUAUAACGCACUGUGACUCUCCCGUGGUCGCUCGUGUUAAUACCCAACAUGUGAGGAAAAUGGAUGUUUAUCAGGAAACAUAACGAACUAUCCAGCUGCCUGGGAGAUGGGGAACUCUGUUCGUAGUCCUGCGGAAGCCGGGUUUGUACGAUCUGGGGGAGAACUUGUACAACCUGUUACUCUUUGGACCAGGCAGCAUCAUGACUAGGAGCAUCUGCCUGAUGCUGAACAGAAUUAGCAAAGACUUUCCAGAGGUGGUAUAAUGGGAUUGAGGGGCUGCUGGUGAUGUCUUGUGCCAAGUGCAUCAUCUUUCAAAAGCGUCAUUUGCAAAGUAGAGAGGACUUGAGAUGGAAUAGCUGGAGUGACAUCUAGUUCCCAAUGAACCGCAACUCUCACCCUGUGAGUCUUGAUAUUUGUAUUUACAUACUGGACCCCUCCUGCUUUCUAAAACACAUUCAGGUCAUUGAAAAAAAUGAGGUAAAAAUGUUGAUGAUUGAAUGGCAAACUGGCAUAUGCAUGAAGCUUCCAGUAGGGCUGUCUUUGCUACAGGUAGCUUCACCCUGACCUGGGAUUCAUUGUCCUUCAACCUCCACCCAUAUAACUCCCCCAGAGGUGUCUGCCUCUCUGUCUUAAGGCUAGUUCAAUAGGUUGCAUGUCUACCUACCAUGCCCUGUAACUCUGCAAAAGCUCUGUCUACACCUGGUUCCAUAUUGCAGAAGCCCAGAUGUACAUCGAACUGAGCCAGGAUUGGAGAGAUUUGUGGGUCGGGGAAAGGAAAGUUGAACACUUGCUCUGUGGGGAGUGUCUUGGCCGUUGUCCCCUAAUACUUAAAUGCCAUAUGUAUUAUUGCCAUUAACCAGUAUUUCCAGCCAUUCACCCUUUUCCUAAUGGAAGUACUGAAAAAAGUAGUUCAUUCGUCAGGUAUUUGCUGCUUUCGUUUGUCAAGACAGCUCUCUUGUGCCUGCUCACUGCUUACACUGGCAAACAAAUUUAGUCAGAUGGUGGCUUACUGUAACCUGAGCAACCCAUUGGUUUUCUGCUGUGGCUGUCACUGCCCUAAUUGGCCUAAAAUACACAGCGGAGAAUCCGAAUGCUCCUCCUUGAAAACGCUCUGGUUCAGAACCAGGCUGCUGUUCAUGUCAUACAAUAUACAUGAGCUAAAAGGGGAGGAGUAGAAUGGAAACAGCCUCUUGCUGCUAUUCUGCGCUUAUUAUGGUAGCACCUAUAGGCCCCAAUUGAGAUCAGGGUCCCGUUGUGGUAGGUGCUGCACCAGGUGUCAGAUGACACAGUUCCUACCCCUAGAAGCUUGCUGCCUGGUCUUUCAUUGUGAGUUCUCUUUAAGAUUCCAAAGGAUAGAACCCAAAUAUUCCUUCCUCCUUUUAAACAAACAAAUAAAUACAUUCUAAUGCAUGCUGCAUUAGUAACAUUUCUCAUCUAGAUGCGUCCCAAACCAAAGAUGACCAUUGUGUUCUUUCUCUCCUCUCAGGGUGAGCAACAGGCUGUGUUGCUGGUCUGAGACUUUUUCAGGAGCAGAGAGAGGAGUUGACUCCAAACAUUCUGUAGUGCUCAUUCAUCAGUUUUUAGAAACCUCUGCUUUCCAGGGCUGAGUAACUGCUUAGCAUUUCUUGCAGAUUUCUGACCCGUUUUACGAGGUGUGAAUGGAUACCAUUCAACUUAAAACUCUCCAAUGUGGGGGGAGGGGGAGCAGGGACGGUCAGAAAAGAGACUGUAAACAGGACAUUGGGAUUAAUAUUCGUUGAGUGUUUCACCCAAUUCUAAAAAUCAAGCCACGUUCUCCCUAGCGUUCUCAAAUCUUACUCAAUGUACAAAUUGGAUAGGGUUGACAGGCAAAAACUUGACGUUUGUCUAAACAAAACAGGCUUGAACUGCAAGAGACUGGGAACAGGUGAGUGCAUCUUGGAAGUUGCUUUUCUCACCAUAAUCCUAUUUUUUUUUUAAGUGUUACCAAAACCUCCCUCAGAACAAGCUCUUUAACAAGUGCAUGUUAUUGGGCUGUGAUAUAUGGGGAAUGAUGGACAUGCUGUCUAACAUUUCAUGCUGAAUGUUUUUACUUGAUGGCCAGUAAAAAAAAAAUUACUUAAAAAAAAAAAAAAUCCUCUGUCCCAACAUGUUUUUCCAUAUUUUAAUUGUGAAUUGGAAACGGGCAAGUCUAGGGAAUGGGACUGGAUGAUACCUAGAGGGCCCCAAAGUCCUGAUUUUUGUUUUACAAAUGUCCUAUAUACUGUAUACAAAAAUGUGACUUGGAUGCUGUGUUCUUUGUAAAAACACUUUCUAUGUAUGAAUGUAUCCUGUGUUCUCAAACAUUGUCUGGUUUAAAUAAACAUACAGAAAGGA